AAGAACGAGAUAGUUUCGAACUUGCAAUUCAGAACCAAAAUUCUACUAGAUCGGAGAAGCGGAAGAAAUUAGGCGAAGGUCGAGAAAUGGCGUCAGGAUGGGGAAUCACCGGAAACAAAGGUCGAUGCUACGAUUUCUGGAUCGAUUUCAGCGAGUGUAUGUCUACCUGCAGAGAACCCAAAGACUGUACUCUCCUCCGUGAAGAUUACCUCGAAUGCCUCCACCAUUCCAAAGAGUUCCAACGAAGAAACCGGAUUUACAAGGAGGAGCAACGCAAACUAAGAGCUGCUGCCAGGAAAGGUCAAGAAGAUGGGGUUGUUAGUGAACAUCAUUAGCAUUCAUAAUUAACUGUCAAUUUAAGCUUCUGAACGAUACUUAAAUAAAACGUUUGUAAUUUUGCUUGGAUCGGUAUUCCUGCAUGUUGUGUGAGCCCUUAUUUUUAUAACUUUGGCGGGGCGGGCUUCUUUUCCCUGUGCAAUAAUUCGGAGGUCAAGUUGCAAUUGCAAAUUAGACACUGAACUUGCUGAGUGAA